AUGUCACGCCGAGAAGACCGUAGCUCCGACGCAAGACGACACCGUUCUCGGUUCGACCGCGAGCCCAGCCCGAAGAGAUCGAGGAGGGAUAUCAAAGUAGAAUCUGAAAGGCCACCUCCAGAAACUAAGUCGGAUAGAGAUCGGGACUCUGAUCAGAGGCAUCAUCGUCGACUGAGGGACCCGUUGCCGCUUGAGUCCCCAUUAGCUGUGAGGAAAGACACUGAUAACAGAGUCAAUGAACCUCAGGAAAGUACCAAAAGAUCUUCGGAUCAAACUAAAGUGCCUCAGUCACGAUCAUACUUUCAGCAUGACGAACGUGCCAGUGGUGGCCCAAAUGGGAGGGUCUCCAGUCACAGGACGGACAACGAACGUGGUUGGUGGAGGGAUUCCAAGGAGCGCCAAAACAGUCGGGCAGAAGCAAAAAUGCCGAGAAGUUACUUAAAUGACGAGACUUCAAAAGACAGCAGAGAUGGAAAUCACGUCUGGAAACAUGACAGGUAUUUCCGAAUGGAGGCAGAUCAAAAACCUCCUGCGCGUAGUAAAAGACGUGCCUUUAGAGAGCAAAAGGCCCCUGUUGGUCCCGAGCAAACUGAAAAAACUGCCGAGCAAAAGGUUCAAGAUAAUGUUGUGGAAAGUGGGAAAAGAGACAUGAGCAGAUUUACUUCGGAUCGUUCAGACAGGCCCAACAGAUCAUCUGCAAGGGAAAGAGAGUUUGGUAAGAAUAGCCGUGAUAGAUAUGGUGGUAAUGUUGGCGGCAAUAGAUACAGAGGAGAUAGAGACAGGUUUAAUAACAGCAGGCAAGGGUACUAUCAGCCGGGUGGGGGGCGUGUAGAGAAGUGGAAGCACGAUCUUUAUGAUGAGGCCAACAAGAGCCCAAACCCGAAGAACGAGGAAGAUCAGAUUACGAAAAUUGAAGCCCUUUUAGCAUCUGAUUUGUGA